AUGGGCAGCUUGUGCAUGGAGCUGAUGCGGCUGUCGCAGCUGACGGGCGACUCGCGGUGGUUCGAUACCUCGGAGCGUAUCACUAACCUGCUGGCCGUGCAACAGGACUUGACCGAGCUGUCCGGCCUGUGGCUCCUGGUGGUCAACCCAGGCGACGACGUUUACAACAAAGUCUCCACAUCCACUCUCGGCGCCAUGGCCGACUCUCUCUGGCGUGAUGACGACGAUGACUUCGACGCCAUCAUCCGCAACAAGCGCUUCAACGACCAUCGGUACAACCUACGUCCCAAGGCCAUCGAGAGCGUCUCUGUCCUCUACAGGGCUAUUUUGGGGUGGGACCUGGCCGACUUGGCCCGAGCCAUGCUCGAGUCCAUCGACAAGGUUACCAAUACGGGUCUGGCCAGCUUAGCCAUCAGAGAUGUGGCGCUGGCAGAGGACGCGCCCGCCGCCCGGUUAGACUCGAUGAAGUCGUUUUGGAUGGACGAGACGCUCAAGUACUUUUACUCGACUGGGUGA